CGGCUGUCUCCUGCCCCCGCCUCCGCCCUUCCUCCCCGGGCUUUUCCCGCCGCCUCACCCGGCCCGCCCGUCUGCCUUUCCAGUCUGGCCGGCGGGGGCCGCACGCUCGGCGGCUCAGGCCGUGGGACCGUGGUCACACCCUUACCAGAAACUCUUGGCUGGUAAUCGCGAAGCCGACAGGGAGCAAGAGCUGGGAGAGCUGGAGAAAACCGCUCUAAUCUGACUUGAUUCUGGCAAGAAGUGGACCCUGCAUUGUAAUAACCAACAUUUGCAAAGCGGUCUCAGAGGCUCUAGGGUGAUUCGUCUCAGAGAUUCCUCAAGAACUGAGCCCUUUGCAGGACUCAUGCCCCAGCCUGUGCCCCCAUGACCAGGUGGAUAGCACUCCUUGUGCCUGCGACCCAGAACCCUGGCUGACCACAUUGAAGCAAGAUGCUCCAGCAGGUUAAUGGCCACAGUUCAGGCUCUGAUGCCCAUGGCGGGGAAUCCCUCAGAGAAGACCUGCAGGAGUUCCUGGGCGGGGAGGCCCCACUGCACCAGCUGGAUGACCUCACCAAGGUGAAUCCUGUGACGCUGGAGACAGUCCUGAGGUGUCUGCAGGCCCGGUACACAGCAGACACGUUCUACACCAACGCUGGCUGCACCCUGGUGGCUCUGAACCCCUUCAAGCCCAUCCCUCAGCUCUAUUCACCAGAGCUGAUGCAAGAGUACCACGCUGCUCCGCAGCCCCAGAAACUGAAGCCCCACAUCUUCACUGUGGGUGAACAGACCUACAGGAGUGUCAAGAGCCUGAUCGAGCCAGUCAACCAGUCUGUUGUCGUCAGUGGAGAGAGUGGUGCUGGAAAGACAUGGACGUCCCGCUGCCUGAUGAAGUUCUACGCUGUGGUGGCCGCUUCACCCACAUCCUGGGAAAACCACAAGAUUGCAGAGAGGAUCGAACAGCGAAUCUUGAACUCCAACCCUGUCAUGGAAGCUUUUGGGAACGCGUGCACGCUGAGGAAUAACAACAGUAGCCGCUUUGGGAAGUUCAUCCAGCUCCAGCUGAACAGGCAACUAAUGGGCUCCAGCCUGCUUGUGCCCAGGGCCCAGCAGAUGACUGGAGCUGCAGUUCAGACCUACUUGCUAGAGAAAACUCGAGUGGCCUGCCAGGCCUCCAGUGAGAGGAACUUCCACAUCUUCUAUCAGAUCUGCAAAGGAGCCAGUGCGGACGAGAGGCUCCAGUGGCACCUCCCUGAGGGAGCCGCCUUCUCCUGGCUGCCCAACCCAGAGAGGACCUUGGAAGAGGAUUGUUUCGAGGUGACCAGGGAGGCCAUGCUUCUUUUGGGCAUCGAUGCCCCCACCCAGAACAACAUCUUUCAGGCCCUAGCUGGACUGCUGCACCUCGGCAACACCCGGUUUGCUGACUCCGAGGACGAAGCCCAGCCCUGCCCACUGAUGGACGGUGCUGAGUGCUCUGUCAGGACAUCGGCCUCAUUGCUGCGGCUCCCAGAAGACCCUCUGCUGGAGACACUGCGGAUUCGGACCAUCAGGGCAGGCAGGCGGCAGCAGGUGUUCCGGAAGCCCUGCUCCCGGGCCGAGUGUGACACCCGCAGAGACUGUCUGGCCAAACUGGUCUAUGCACGGCUGUUUGACUGGCUGGUAUCGGUGAUCAACAGCAGCAUCUGUGCGGACCCCGACUCCUGGACCACGUUCAUAGGCCUGCUGGAUGUGUACGGGUUUGAGUCCUUCCCCACCAACAGUCUGGAACAGUUGUGCAUCAACUAUGCCAACGAGAAGCUGCAGCAGCACUUCGUGGCUCACUACCUCAGGGCCCAGCAGGAGGAGUACACAGCUGAGGGCCUGGAGUGGUCGACUGUCAGCUACCAGGACAACCAGACCUGUUUGGAUCUCAUCGAGGGGAGCCCCAUCAGCAUCUGCUCCCUCAUAAACGAGGAAUGCCGCCUUAAUCGGCCAAGCAGUGCAGCCCAGCUCCAGACACGCAUUGAGAGUUCCCUGGCAGGCAGCCCCUGCCUGGGCCACAGCAAGCUCAGCCGGGAGCCCAGCUUCAUCGUGGUGCAUUAUGCGGGGUCUGUGCGGUACCACACCGCAGGCCUGGUGGAGAAGAACAAGGACCCCAUCCCCCCUGAGCUGACCAGGCUCCUGCAGCAAUCCCAGGACCCCCUGCUCAAGGUACUGUUUCCUGCUGACCCUGAAGAGAAGUCCCAGGAGGAGCCCUCUGGCCAGAGCAGGGCCCCUGUGUUGACCGUGGUGUCCAAGUUCAAGGCCUCCCUGGAGCAGCUUCUGCAGGUCCUGCAUAGCACCACACCCCACUACAUUCGCUGCAUCAAGCCCAACAGCCAGGGCCGGGCGCAGAUGUUCCACCAGGAGGAGGUCCUGAGCCAGCUGGAGGCCUGUGGCCUCGUGGAGACCAUCCACAUCAGUGCCGCCGGCUUCCCCAUCCGGGUCUCUCACCGGAACUUCCUGGAGCGGUAUGAGUUACUGAGAAGGCUCUGUCCUGGCGCAGCCGCCAGCCCCCAUGGCCCACCUCCAGAUGAAGGGCGCUCAGAAUGGUCUCCACACUCCGAGCAGGCCACGCUGCAAGCCCUCCUCCAGGACAUCCUCCACACUCUGCCAGCCCUGGCUCGGGCACCAGCUGAGGCCACGCCGGCCCCAGUGCACUGUGGCAGGACCAAGGUGUUCAUGACGGACUCCACGCUGGAGCUUCUGGAACGCGGGCGUGCCCAGGUGCUGGAGCAGUGUGCCCGCUGCAUUCAGGGUGGCUGGAGGCGACACCGGGGCCGCAAGCAGGAGAGGCAGCGGCGGGCCGCCGUGCUCAUCCAGGCAGCUGUUCGUUCCUGGUUGACUCGGAAGCACAUCCAGAGGCUGCACGCAGCUGCCACGGUCAUCAAACGCGCGUGGCAGGAGUGGAGAAUCAGAAUGGCCUUCCUCGCUUCUGAAGAACUGGAUGGUGUGGAAGAACAACACUCGUCUCAAGUCACCUGUUCCCCGAGCUCCUUUCCACUGCCCCAGGCACAGACCAGGCUCCUGGGGGCAGUAACCCGCUUCUGGCCCCUGGGACUGGUCCUGGCCAACGCCGCUGUGGGUGCUUGCGGCUUCCGGAGGAAGCUGGUGGUCUUCGCCUGCCUCCCACUCCCCGUGGGCAGCCUCAGCAGCUACACUGUCCAGACAGCACAAGAACAAGCUGGAGUCACGUCCAUCCGAGCGCUGCCUCAGGUGAGCCGUGUGACGGGCUGGCCGUCCUGCCAGGAUGGCUCCAGAUCCCUCACGCCCCACCGUGGAGGGCAGGGGGCAGAGCCCAGGGGUCACAGCAGGAGCAGGACUGGGGCUGUGAGAAGAGCCUCGUGACCCUGCUGGGGAAACCAGAAGCCUGCGCGUCCCAAGCGGCCGCUGGUGGAUUGUUUGCAUCCUUACGAGUUUUCCAGAGCCCUUUCACUUUUUAAAAGCUGCCUCUAAGUGUUCUAGCGUCUCCUCUGAAUCGCCUUUAAAUUAGCCCAACUUCCAAAAAAUUGUGGUCGUGAUGACAGCAGCUUUCUUCCCUCCAAUGGCGCUGGAUUUGGCACCAUGUUCUCCCCAAGUUGUAGUCUUUGGUUUACCCUAUUCCAGCCGAGGAAAUGACAAGCACGUGAGUCAGUGCUGCAAGAAUUUAUAUUACGAGCAGCCAGGGAAAGAGCCAGCCAGCACAGAAAAGGGCUGAUACCGACCUUUUACAAGGAUUAGGUGACACUGACAAGGCAGAAGGAAGGAAACACUGAAUUUCCUGCCAGAGGAGUUCCUAUAGGACAUAAUCUAGAUAAAAUCUCCAUGACAACACACAGGCCAGCCAGAGUGUAAACAGAAGUGCAGUUCUUUGAUCUUCCAGCUUUAAGCAGGCAUAAGAAUGUGACAGGCCUUCCUCCUAGUAGGGGGGAGCUC